UUGUUAGAACUGUUGAGAGAUAUUGUAUAAGAAGGGAGAGAAGAAGAGAGGAGGGGAUAAUUUUUUCUGUAACGAAGAAGCUUGGGAUCUAACGUUUCCCAGAUUUGGAACCCAGUUUCAAAUUAGUAUAAUUUUCCAUUGCUAUCUCAAUUUCAGUCUCAAUCUGUCUCACUCUUUUCUCUCAAUUCCCAUUUUUAUUACUCACCUUAUCACUCUCUCUCUCAACUGAACCUAGGUUUGGAAGAGCGAAGUAACAGAGGAUAGGAGGACGACGACCGAACCCGAAUACCAAACUAGACGUCGGAGGCUUUCAUAGUCCGUUCGGAGGAAAUAAAGUGUUGAGUAUAAUCGAAAGGCUAUCAAUUAGAAGAAAAAAAUGGCAACGGAGUCAUCGGAGGGAGAGGAAGAAGGUAAGCUCAUCGGAGGUAACCAAAAUCUGGUUGUUGACGAUGACCUCCGUGAAAUGGCCAAGAAAGCCGCCUGGAGCGUCAGUUCUUGCAAGCCCGGCAAUGGCGUCUCUGCUCUCCGCGACGAUAACCUCGACACCUACUGGCAAUCAGAUGGGGCGCAGCCUCACCUUGUAAAUAUUCAAUUUCAAAAGAAAGUGAAGCUUCAGUUAGUGGUUCUCUAUGUGGAUUUCAAGCUUGACGAGAGCUACACACCUAGUAAGAUCUCUAUUCGUGCCGGUGAUGGUUUCCACAAUUUGAAGGAGAUAAAAAAUGUUGAACUUGUCAAGCCGACUGGUUGGGUCUACAUAUUAUUAUCUGGGAAUGAUCCUCGGAACCCUAUUCCACUCCAGCCCUUUCAGUUCACCUCAAGGGAGUUCAUUACUUACUCUACUGUACGAUGAGGAGUACAUGAUCUUGUGUGUUUUAGCAAAGCAUGCUGCUGAAUGUGACAAGAUGGAUUAUUGGAAGAUAGAGAUGGUCUCCUUGCAGUUAUAUGUUGUUCUUCCUUUGUAGCAAGAACUGGACUCUUUUUCUUUUCUUUUCUUUUUAUUUUUACUUUUUUUGGUGUCACGCACAUCAUGUUUUGCUUGGUUUGUGAAACCUUGGAUCUAAAUUAAAGUUGUUGACAACAUACAUCCUCUGUGGAUGUGUUUGGCAUUUAAACUAAUUUUCAGAUAUUAUUAUUAUUUUUUAUAUAAUUAUUUUAUUUGUGUUUUUUGUUAUUGUA